AUGUUAUUUUUACCUGGUUCUUUGUCACCCAUAGAAAUACUAUUGAAAAUAUUAAUUGAUCAAUAUUUAUUAACGUCUUAUUGUGUUACAAUUAUUUCUGAUGAGUCAAUACAUGCGGCUCUUUCAAUCCCUUAUAGAAAUAUUUUAAUACAGAACAUAACUGAAAAUGUCGUCGAUGUAAUGAUUAAUGCCUCUGAUGCUGGGUGUUCGGAUUAUAUUAUACGGUUAGAAAAUCCAGUCGAGUUCAUGGUUGCUUUCGAUAAAGUGGCACAUAAAGGACUUGUUAGACGCAGUGAUAAAAAAGUUAUUAUUUUGCCAUCUAAACUAUCUCAUGCAGUAAAUAGGCAGCGGCAGUUAGAUGUUUUGAGUAUGAAAGAAACGAACUUUAUCGUUCAUAUACUGUUAGUUAUCCCUAUUAGAACAAAUGAUGAUUGUGAAGCUUAUGACCUAGUUACUCACAAAUUUGUAGGUGUUGAUCAUAAUAAGCCAAUUUAUUUGGACCGUUGGGAUUCAUGCUCGCAAACGUUUGAAACAAAUUCGUCGUUAUUCCCUCACAAACUUUCAAAUUUAGAGGGAAAAUUGGUAAAAGUAGCAGGGUUUACUUAUAAGCCCUAUGUAUUGUUGGAUCUUGAUACUAAUAUUGCACCAUAUGGACGGGACGGUGUAGAAAUCCAACUGAUGGAUGAAUUUUGCAGAUGGGUUAAUUGUACAAUGGAAUUAGUAGAAAAUAAUGGGGAGGAGUGGGGAGAAAUAUAUGAAAAUUUUACAGGUCUAGGUGUACUUGGACGAGUCGUAGAUGACCGGGCGGAUUUUGGCAUAGCUGCAUUAUACUCAUGGUACGAAUCAUUCUUAUUCAUGGAUUUUUCUGUAUAUAGUGUUAGAACGGCUGUGACUUGUAUAGCUCCAUCUCCCAGAUUAUUAGCUAGUUGGACUCUGCCGCUGAUGCCAUUUAGCUCAUACAUGUGGAUUGGACUGAUAUUUACAUUUCUUUAUGCCUCCCUGGCUCUAUUUAUCAGCCAAAAAUUUUCAUCAAAAAAUGUAUUUUUAAUAACUUUUGGUCUAUUAAUAACGCAGUCCCAAAGCGAAACAAAAUUUCAAUCGUGGCGGAUUCGGAGUGUAGUCAUUUGGGUGAUGUUAAUUGGAUUAGUGCUAGACAAUGCUUAUGGAGGAGGACUAGCAGCAACCUUCACCGUUCCUAAAUACGAGCCGUCUAUAGAUACAAUCCAAGAUAUCGUCGACAGAAAGUUGCCUUGGGGAGCAACACACGACGCCUGGGUUUUUUCAUUGAGCCUGUCACAGGAUCCGCUUAUUAAACAAUUAAUAAAGCAGUUUCAUACUUAUGAGCCUGAAGAACUACAGCGUUUAAGUUUUACACGAGAAAUAGGUUUCAGUAUUGAAAAAUUGCCUGCAGGAUACUUUGCAAUUGGAGAAUAUAUAACUGAGGAAGCAGUUCGUGAUUUUACAUUAAUGUUGCAAGAUUUCUAUUUUGAGAACUGCGUUGUAAUGAUGAGAAAAAGUUCACCUUAUACCAAUAAAAUAAAUGAACACAUUGGAAGACUUCAUGAGUCAGGACUCAUGCUUGCUUGGGAAACACAGAUGGCGUUGAAGUAUCUUGACUAUAAGGUUCAGCUGGAAGUGAAGCUGUCUCGUUCGAAGCAUGAUGUAGAAACCAUAGAACCGUUAAAUUUUCGCCAUGUUCUUGGAAUUUUUAUUAUUUAUGUAAUUGGAGUUAUUCUUGCGACACUUGCUUUCAUGGGAGAAAUUCUUUUAAGCAAAAAAACGUAA